AUGGCCUCCAAUUUCAGCGAUAUUGUCAAGCAGGGCUAUGUACGGAUGCGCAGUCGCAAGCUUGGGAUUUAUCGUCGUUGCUGGUUAGUUUUCAAGAAGCCGUCCAGUAAAGGGCCUCGUCGACUGGAGAAAUACCCUGAUGAGAAGUCUGUCCACAACAGAGCCUGUCGUAAGGUGACAGAAAUUAGCAACGUUAAGACUGUCACAAGGCUGCCUCGGGAUACCAAGCGACAAGCAGUGGCCAUUGUAUUUACUGACGACACCUCACGUAUGUUUACUUGUGAAUCAGAACUGGAGGCAGAAGACUGGUUCAAGAUACUGACAAUUGAGUGUCUGGGAGCAAGUGUCAGUGACAUCAGUAUGGGAGAACCAGACCUCCUGGCAGCUGGAAUGCAAUGUGAACACACAGAGCGUUUUAAUGUAUUCUUGCUACCCUGCCCCAACUUGGACAUCUAUGGAGAGUGUAUGAUGCAGAUCACCCAUGAGAACAUUUACCUCUGGGACAUUCACAAUCCCCGUACCAAAUUGAUCACCUGGCCGCUCUGCUCCUUGCGACGCUAUGGACGUGAUGCUACUCGUUUCACCUUUGAAACAGGAAGGCUCUGUGACAGCGGUGAAGGUCUCUACACGUUCCAGACCAGAGAAGGAGAGCAGAUAUAUCAAAUGGUUCACUCUUCCACACUGGCAAUUGCUGAGCAGCAGAAGAAGGUUCUGAUGGAGGUUGAGAAAAGAAACAGAUUGAUGUAUCAAGGUUCGGAAUCAAACUCCUACCCAUCUACCCCUAUUGCCAUACUGCCCAGAUCAGCCUACUGGCACCAUAUUACUGGACCCCAGUCUUGCAUGGACUCUGGCAGUGCUUCGGAAGAGCUGAUGAUGUCAACUUGUUUUCCUGCGGAACGCUACGCUUCUCUGCCCUUUGAAAACACCCAUGCACAGUCCCAGCCCGAUAUAAAUUCACGUUACCAAAGACUCCAGCCUGCCUUCCCCAGACAGUGA